AUGGGGAAAAGUAAACGCAACAAGGCUUUAUCCCAUGAGGCGAUCUGGGAUGACUCCUCUCUGGUGCAGUCGUGGGAUGAUGUCGAGGAAGAAUACAAGCUCUAUCAUAGCAUCCACGCGAAGGGCGAGAAUGUCGAGGACGUUCUUCGAGAAGCCCGAGGCGCCCAAGAAGCAGGGCUCGAAAAUGAUACCAGGAUCUCCAUGCAAGUGGAUAUCGACGAUGCAGGGAACUUGGGCACGGAAACUGAAGCCAAUGAUUUGAACCCCGAUGCGGCCUCCGAUGCACCUCCCGUAACAGCUGCUGCUCCGUCAUCUUCUGCGGAGGCUGCUCAAGGCUCUUCUGCUCAUCCAGGCACGCUGCCCAUGCCCCAGCCUGUUCUAGCUUCGGCUCAAGACGAGAAUCUGAAGAACCUCAUGAUGGCCUGGUACUAUGCAGGAUACUACACAGGCCUGUAUGAGGGGCAGCAAAAGGCCAAUAAAUGA